AUGACCUCAAGGAAGAAAGUUCUAUUGAAGGUCAUCAUCCUGGGAGAUUCUGGCGUUGGAAAGACCUCCCUCAUGAACCAGUAUGUGAACAAGAAGUUCAGUAACCAAUACAAAGCUACAAUAGGUGCAGACUUUCUGACCAAGGAGGUGAUGGUGGAUGACCGUCUCGUUACCAUGCAGAUCUGGGACACGGCAGGCCAGGAAAGGUUCCAGUCGCUAGGCGUGGCAUUCUAUCGCGGAGCCGACUGCUGCGUGCUGGUGUUCGAUGUUACUGCACCCAACACUUUCAAGACACUGGACAGCUGGAGGGAUGAGUUUCUGAUCCAGGCCAGCCCUCGAGACCCCGAGAACUUCCCCUUUGUAGUGCUCGGCAACAAGAUUGACUUGGAGAACAGACAGGUAACCACCAAAAGGGCACAGGCCUGGUGUCAGAGUAAGAACAAUAUUCCCUACUUUGAGACCAGCGCCAAAGAAGCCAUUAACGUGGAGCAGGCAUUCCAGACAAUCGCACGUAACGCCCUCAAACAGGAGACGGAGGUGGAGCCGUAUAAUGACUUCCCAGAGCCUAUAAAACUGGAUCGGAACGACAGAGCAAAAGCGUCAGCAGAAAGCUGCAGCUGCUGA